AGAGAGAGAGAGGCUGGCUCGGGUUUCAGAGAGACGCGCACUGACCGACUUGACUGACCUGCGGCACAAAGUGGGAUCGCUCCGAGGAAGAAGCAGCGAAUGGGACAAACGGAGCAGAACGCAGAGGACUAAGACGCAGUGCCCGGGAAGACCACAGGAACAUCACCCACCGACCGACCGACCGACCGAUGACACUCUGCACAACGUCUCGCGUCUUAACUUCAUUAUAAGUUGCUCAUCUCGAGUGCACCGAGGUAGUGUGGGGACAGUUUGAAGAGGAGAGAGAGGAGAGAGAAGACCUAUAAUCUCCAAAAGGUGCAGGUCCCCUCCGGCUGCGCGUCACCUGAUGAAUAUUGGAGUUUACGCGUGGAUAAAAAAAAAACAAAACCAACCCAGAAGUUUAAAUGUCUAAAAUGGAUCAGGGUCCCAAGUGGGGAGUCGCAGGGGGAGUGCGCGAGGAGGAGUGGAGUCGCCGCGGCGAGCAGGAGAAACCUUCCGACCGGCCCCUGGGGAGAAGCUGGAGAGAUUUCUCCGGCGUAACGCUUUGCGUCGCCGUGUCCGUCCUGUGCCUCGGAGUUUGCGUCUUGGUUGUCGCGCGCGCCUCGGAGCUGCAGUCCCGCGUAGUGAGUCUGGAGCGACAGCAGCGCGACGCGCAGCUCUCCGCGUGGAGGGUGACCCUGGAGCAGGUGGAGCCCGUUCUCCUGAGCCGGCUGGACCAGAUCCUGGACGAGAAGCUGGCGGCGCGACUACCGAAGACACGGGAGGCGAGGGAAGUUUCCCACAACUGCCUCUGUCCCCCAGGACCUCCAGGUCCUCCUGGACGAGCAGGCUUUCCGGGUGACAAAGGAAGUAUGGGAAUUCCUGGGAGAAUGGGCUUAAAAGGACACGCAGGGGAGAAGGGAGCGCCAGGCGAGCCAGGUCUAUCUAUCAUUGGGCCAAGAGGACCUCCUGGACAACCUGGAACGAGAGGAUUCCCAGGCUUUCCCGGUCCAAUCGGGAUGGAUGGCAAACCUGGACAGAACGGACCGAAGGGAGACGUGGGUCAGCGAGGUCCUAAAGGACAGCCGGGGGAACCUGGACCCAGAGGCGAGAAGGGCGUAUGUGGGGACUACACACACCGGGACCUCUUUGUGCAGGAUCUUCCAUUGAAAACCCUGGCUGCCUUGCGCUCCAGUCAGUCUCUGAUGUUGAAGAUGUUGCCCAUCACCGUGCGAAACAUGCCCUCAAUAAGCCCUCUAAUCUUAAAACGCCUCAAGCAGGGCGACCCUGGAGCGCAGGGACCCCCGGGACCUCCAGGACCCCCAGGAAAUCCAGGCUUGAAUGGAGUGGGUGGUUCACCGGGUAAACCUGGUGAGCCCGGCAAACCAGGAAAAGACCCAAGGCUUUUACCAGGAAUGAAGGGUGAGCCUGGAGUUCCGGGGCAAAAGGGUGAUCGAGGCGACGAAGGCCCGUCAGGUCCCGUAGGCCCGAAGGGAGUCAAAGGUGACCAAGGAGUUGAGGGAGAUGAAGGAAAGAGGGGUUUACCAGGAGACAGGGGCGAGAAGGGAGAACCAGGUUUCCCAGGAUCUCCUGGGUUGAAGGGCCAGGCUGGCAUCCCUGGUACCCCUGGCAUUCCUGGCAAGAGGGGCUACAGGGGUGAGAAGGGAGGGUCGAGCAUUGCAGCCCAAGGUAUUAAAGGAGAACCAGGCUCACCAGGACUGCCGGGCCAAACAGGAUCCAAGGGUGAAAAGGGUGAACAGGGAGUCGAGGGGGGAGCAGGUCCCGCAGGCCCAUCUGGACCAAGAGGUCCUCCAGGCCCAACAGGAGAGCCAGGAAAAGCUGAAAUCCAGAAUAAUGACAAUGAUAUUCGCAACAUACCCCUUAUGGGUCCCCCUGGAUUACCUGGGCCUCCAGGGCCCCCUGGCCUCUCUGGUGUCAAGGGUGAAGUUGGUCUACCGGGUCCACCAGGAUUGGACGGCGAGAAGGGACCCAGAGGGAAGCCUGGAGAUUACGGUCCUGCAGGCCCAGCCGGUCCUCACGGUCCCAGAGGGGAGGAUGGUGUCAUGGGCUUCCCGGGACCCAAGGGAGACAUGGGUCCAUCUGGAUCACCUGGUUUAGAUGGCCCUACGGGUGAAAAGGGGGCUACAGGGGCCCCUGGCCCAAUUGGAUUACCUGGCUCAAUGGGUCCUAAAGGCGAUCCCGGAGAAGGAGCCAGGUCGGAAAUGAUCUAUGGUCCUCCAGGGCCGUCAGGACCUCCAGGACCAGUUGGCCCAGCAGGAUCCCAAGGAGUUUCAGGGCCUAAGGGUGAACCGGGGAUCGGCAUCAUGGGGGAAAAGGGAGCAACGGGUCAAAAGGGCGACAAGGGAGACAGAGGCCAUCUUGGACUCCCUGGGGCUCAUGGGUUAGACGGCAGACCGGGUCCAGUGGGUCUAAUAGGACCAGCAGGUGUGCCAGGGCCAGCAGGACCAAAGGGAGAUAGAGCGCAGAAGGGAGACACAGGAUUACCAGGACCAACUGGGCCUCAAGGCAUCCCUGGUUUAGUAGGACCACAAGGACUCAAAGGGAACCGGGGAGAGAGGGGCAAGAAAGGCAACAGGGGGGCCAAAGGGGAUAAGGGAGACCAAGGAGCACCUGGAUUAGAUGCCCCCUGUCCGUUGGGGGACGAUGGCUUACCUGUACCAGGAUGCUGGAAUAAAGGUCAACAUCCUUUCCAACUGGCUAAGAAGUAGUGCCACCGCGAGACUGUCCCCCAAGAAGCGGCAGAGAGGAAACUUGAAGGCAUUCGGAGAAAAAAAAAUCUUUGAGUUUUUUUUUUUUUACCCAAAUGUGGAGUUGGCAUUUUCAACGUUUUUUUUUUUUCCGGGAGGCUGGACCCAGGGCCAGUGAUGGUGGCGGCUCCAGUGGCAGCAGUGAGCAUGUUGACUUCCAUGAGGCCGUAAACGGACGAACCCUGCACCAUCCUCCAGUUGUAGUCAUUGAAGGCCCUCGGGACAGGACAACUACUGGUGUGUUGCUGACGACUGCGUGUGACCUCCAUCUAUGAAACUACAACAGUGAAAGCGAAGUCACGGACACUUUAGCACAUGGCGUUUGUCGCGUUUCCCAUUGUGACAUCGACACUGCAUCUGUGAUUCAGAAUUCAGAGCAGCUCACAGAGCAGAGCGAUGUCACGUGUUUCCAUGAAAAGAACAAAAAAAAAGAAAAAAAAAAAAGGGAGACCCACUUGAUGAUUCCUUCUUGACACUGCCUUUUCUUUUUAAUAAUCCCUUUACCUGCAGCUAUUACAUUUUAUUUUGAAUAAUAAUUGUGCAGUAUAGGAAAUACUUUGAAGCCAGCUUCGACAUCCAAGUCUGGUCAUAUGUGAGAUAUGGUCAUAUAUACUUUGCCAUUGAGGUGUUCAAGGACACCAUAAUUCAAUGCUGUAACUGUAAGUAUUGUACAAUAUAAGACAAAGGAUUGUAUGUAUAAAAGUACUCAGUCUUUGUAAAUAGAUUGCAUCGAUAAAACAUGAAUUUCACGUACAGAGGGAAUACAUAGGUCAGUAUUCAUGUACUAAUUAUAUAAGGUUAUUAAUUGUGUCUUGAUACAUUUAUGGUUUUUGAGAAAAAACAUGUUUUGGCCUCGUGUUAACCAACACUUUGUGCGUCUCCUGUUUUUACAUGCUACAUAUCCAGGCUUUAUAACAUGCCAUAAGAUAUACUGCAUGUAAAUACAGAUUUUUAAAAAAACCUUUUGACUCAAUAACUUUCACCAGACGAUGGCGUUUUCCAAAUUAUUUAUUGCUUUGUCACGCCAAAUAUGAAUUGAUUUUAAGUUAAAUUAAAUAAUCAGUAAGCUCAUGCAGCUGUGACUGUACAUGCAAAUAAUCUUGGAAAAUGAAAAUGCCCUUCAUCUGUGUGUUGAAAAUAAUAGUAACAAUAAUAACUUUCCUGUUUCAAAGCAAAUGUACAGAAGCAUUCCUUAUGUCAUAUUGACAGCCGACUUGUGAACAGACCGGGGUCAAAAUGUUUUUUCACUUUUAUUUAUUUGUUGUUUUUUUUUCUUCCUUUUUUUUUGAGUAGUUUGAAACUGUAAGGAAUUAUUUCAAGUGUUUAAUUUUUUCAACAGGUGCAAGUGUCCUUACGAAACAGUAUUUAGUGGGUGAGAUCUGCCUAUUACUAAUUUUGUUUAAUCUAAGACAAUAAUAAUCAUAAUAAUAAUAAAUUUCAUUUAUAGAGCACUUUUCAUUGCUAAAAUAAUAAUGGUUUUGUCACAAUUGUGCUAUGAUAAAUUAUUAUCGUGAUCUAAAUUACGAUUUAUUACCAGGACUUUUGUACCAAUUCGACUUUGAAAACGUAAUCUAUACCGAGAGUUCAGAGCUUCACAAAACAUUAGCAAAAUAAGAAAAACAUCACAUUCUCAUUGUUUUGUCCUGACUUGUGUUUCUUUAAUUUCUUCUUUAAUUGCUCUGUAUAUAUGACAGGAUUUGUGCUAUUGGAUUACAUAUUUUAUCUUUGUCUGUAAAAGGAAUGCAGAGACCUUAGCUCUCGUGGACAUACACAAAAGUUACUGACAAUAAGAUUGAAUAUCAUUUGUUGUUGUUCGAGGUUUAAAGUUAAUAUUUAAAAUUACAACAUCCUCGUCAGGCAAUGUAGCACUCACCCACUAAUCUGUAUUAACAGAUUACACUCCCCUGAUGUUUGUCUUUUAAAUGUACAAAAAACUGGGGUUUGUAUCUCAAUUUCUGUUUUGCACAAAUAUGAAACUAACACAUGUUUAACGGUGAAAACCAUUUGUUUCAUUUGCCAUAUUUACUUGGUUUGCUUUGCCACAACUUUUCUAUAUCUUUAACACGGACAGUAGUAACAAUGUACUCUUUAUGCACACGUAAAGGGUUACAGAAUAUAUGGUUUAUGUUAUUUAAACAAAUGUAACAUUUGAUUAACUAUAUACUGUAUCUAAGGAAAGCCAUUUGUUGACAUGAUACAGAGUUACAUACAUAUACUUUUGGAUUUUGUGCAAAAUGAGAAGCUGUAUCCGUGCAACAUGUGGUUACUCUGUACUUUUUCCUUCACUUUUCUGCUAAGUCAUAACACACAGAUAUAUAACAACAAUUUAUUUGUUGCCUAUAGAAAUUCAUCCGUCCCUAAACUGGUCAGGCCAAUCACAACUACAUAUUUAAAAAGGGGCGGGUGUAUUAGCAUGACUGACAGGGGGGCACCUUGCCUCAGGAAGUUCUUCAAGGGAAGAAUCAUCUCUGCCUGCUUUGGAUUCACAGGAGCAGUUGCACAAUCAUUUCUUUGGGUCACACUGUUUGCAUUUACAUUUGCAAUGUAACAAAGGUAAAGUGUGGGGGAAAAUAAUCUGUACAGAAACACUGUUAACUUGCUUUAUUUUGAUCAAAGCGAAACAUUUCGAUGGAUGAUUCGUUUUGAUGUGGAAUUCUGUACUUGUCAUAUUAGAACCAUGUUUGAGGAUGCGUAAGUGGGCAUUAUACAGAAUUUGCAUGUUAUUCUUUAUCAGUUUUUUCUUCAUAUUAGCAAUGGAACGUUAGACAAACUCGACAUUUGAUGAUUUUUUUUUUCUCCAAAUAGCUAAAAAAAAAAAGGAAAUCUGAUAGCUGAGUGACUUUUGUGCCAUUUCCUGUGCUGCCACCGCCGGGAGUUGACGUCCGGGGGGUGCUUGGCGAGAUUCAGAGGGAUUGUGGUGUCAGAGUGGAAUUGGAUAAAGACGUUGUUCUUGCUUUCCAAAAGAAUUUAUUUUUACUUUUUAUAAACCAAACACAAUGGCAGCUGUGGUCUGUGAUUGCCGAACAGAUUCACUGCUCAGUACAAAGUUUAUUUUGGAGCAAUUUGUCACCGACUCAGAAUAAAGAAACCCAUUUUCAAUGCAA